GUCGCACACCCCUCCCUAGGUUCGCCCGAGUUGUCGCAAGCAGCACAAACAAAACCUGAGGGGGGAUUCCCUAGGCUUCCUCUGAGGUUCGCAACACAAGUAAUUUCAGGCAAACCACACAAGCAAUUCAUCACACAGUCAGGAAUUCUGCUACUUAUUCCGAGGACCUAUUUCCGAGGCGCGUCCUCCGUUUUCCGUUCAGGCAGCAGUGACAUUCUAUUUUUUUCCCCUCGCCCAGUAUAGCGCGCGAACGACGCCCAGCUUGGGUGCCGGCGAGCAUUCCAAGCGCUCUUCGCCGAGCCGCGGAGUUCCUGCCGAAUCAGGACUCGAAGCCAGCGAAAUCCAUGGCGUCCGCGCCCCCUCCGCCGAGCGACGGCGGUGGCGGCGGCGGCAGCGGUGGGGGCAUUCAGCCAAUGACACUAAAGGAGGUUCAGGAGCGCAUCGACCAGCUCUACGGCGACCGCAGCGCGAAGAACCUUCGCGAAGGCAUCCGUAAAGGCUUUAUCUCCGUCGGCAAAGGCGUGUUCGCAGGCGUCGGCGCGCUCGUCGCGGCGCCAAUUGCGGGAGCCGCGCAGGAGGGCGGGAUCGGGUUAGUUAAAGGGACCGUGGCUGGAGUCGCUAGUCUCGUCGUGCUGCCUACUAUUGGAAUAGUGCAAGGCGCGCAGCAGCUAGGGCAGGGGAUUAAGAACAUGCCGGACGCGGUCCGGGAGAUGAUGAAGAAGGAUAAGUGCGAGGAGGAGGCGGAGAAAGGGGAGGUAUUAGAGGAUGACGACGCGGAUAAGCUUAACGAAGAGACUUAUUCCCACGAGCGCGAGACGGUAGAGAAGAUCGCGCUCGAAGCGGAGGCAGAGGCGACCGCCACGUCAGCGGCUAAGGCUGCUGCUGACGCAGCGGCUGCCACGUCAGCCGCUGAAGCGGCGGCAGCUGCGGAGAAGGAGCGGGAGAAGAGGGAGGUUAAGGACGAGGAGCUCUAUGUGGUUCUGGAGGUCAGAACCGACGCGACGUCGGUGGAGAUUAAAAAGGCUUACUACAAGGGGUGGUGUUUUAGAGGGUGGUGAUGUGGAUGGUGAUGUGAGUGACAUGGUU